AUGAAUUUGGAACAACUCAACGUGAUUCAAUUGGCUAACAUCUCUGUCGACAACGAGGAAAACAGAGUAAUUGUAUAUUUCACCCCCACUAUUCCAAACUGCACUCAGGCUGCUGUGAUUGGGUUGUGUAUUCGAGUGAAACUGGACCGCUGUCUUCCCCGUCGCCUGAAAUCCAGAGUAUACAUAUCGCCCGGAACACACAACACGGAAGAAUCGCUCAACCGGCAAAUCAAUGACAAGGAGCGUGUAGCCGCUGCUCUAGAGAAUCCUACAUUGCAUAUCCCUCCUUAUAGGCAGCAUGACGUUGAGUCCUUUAUCGUAGUGAAAGUGAUUGAGAAGUGUAUAGUUGAUACGGACUUUGCAGAUGUGGAUGCGUUGAUUGCGGAGUACAUUUAG